GGUCACGGGGUCGUCGACUUCCUCAAACGAAAUGGAGCUCUCGGCACCUCCUCGCGGCCUCCUCUCCCUCCGCCACCUCUGCCGCCCCUUCGUCGCCGCCUCCACUUCGCCCCUCCUUGCCCUACACUUCCCUUUCCCCAUUCCGACUAAGCCUCUGCUUUUGUCCCGCUGGUCCGAUCCCAGCCCAGUUCGUCGCUCUGUUCUGGGGUUUCGCGAUCCUGGAGCUUGUCUGCUGCGGGCUACUGUCUCCGAUGACGAGAUCUCCACGGCCGGUGUGUUGGACGAUGAUGCCCCGAAGCUGGUCGAAGGGCCAUCGUUCCUGAUGAACUCGAACCCAUCCGGAGAAGAUAAUCUGGAUGGCGGCGAAGCGGUUGAUGAAUCUACAGACAGUCCUUUGUCUAAGUUCGAUAUAAAGAUGGAUUCUGAAGGCACUUAUCCCAUCCUCUUCUUUGGCGCCGGUUCUCUUUUUGCACUCUGGAUUUCAUCUGCUGUUAUUUCCGCACUGGAUUCUGUACCCGUGGUUCCUAAGGUCCUCGAAGUUAUUGGCCUCGGCUUUACAGCCUGGUUCACCUCGAGAUAUUUCAUCUUCAAGGAAAACAGGGAUGAAUUUUUCUUAAAACUUCAAGAUGUGAAGGAGAGGAUAUUAGGCCCUUGCGAUGAUUGAAAAAAUGAGUUUUCUUUACCAUUGUGUGUUCUUUCAACUUCAACUACUAGUUUAGUUCUUAGUUUUUUGUUUAACAGGAUUGGGGAUCCAUCAUUUCUGCUGAAAUAAUAGGAACCUGUCCGGUUCAAUCGAAAUUUGACCGUUUCUAUCGGAAAUAA